AUGGGCCAACUUCCGCCUUCAAGAGUCAUAUCAUCCCGCCCGUUUCUACACACCGGUGUUGAUUACGCCGGACCUUUUCAUUUGAAACAUCUUCGAGGACGUGGUAGUAAGACGCAUAAAGGUUAUCUUAUUCUGUUUGUUUGUUUAGCCACUUCAGCCGUCCAUUUAGAAGUGGCCACAGAUUAUUCAACUUCAGGAUUUCUUGCUGCGUACAAGCGAUUUUCCGGAAGCAGAGGUAUCAGUGAAUGCCUCUACAGCGACUGUGGCACGAAUCUUGUUGGAGCUGAUCGUGAGCUGCGUUCCAUGUUUUCUGCAGCGUCCAAAGAAUGGAAAGAAAUGGCUAGUCUCUUGAGCGGCGACGGCACCCGAUGGAAGUUCAAUCCUCCCGGAGCACCACAUUUCGGUGGAAAGUGGGAGGCCGGAGUAAAAUCCGUUAAAGGCCAUCUUCGAAAAAUUGUCAGAUCGACACUUCUUACGUAUGAAGAAGUCAACACCGUUUUGAUUCAAAUUGAGGCCGUGCUAAAUUCAAGACCUCUUUGUUCAAUAUCUGACGAUCCGAACAAUUUUGAUGUUCUGACUCCGGCUCACUUUCUCAUCGGUAACGCUCUCACCGUUGUUCCGGAGCCGUCCGUCUUCGAUGAAAAGAUAUCGAAACUCUCUCGAUGGCAGCUUCUUCGUCGUAUGGUCGAAGAUUUCUGGAAGAUUUGGGAAAGGUUUUAUCUACAAUCUAUUCAGAACGCUACGAAGUGGUUCAGUCAACGAAAUCUUCCUCAAAUUGGACAGCUUGUACUCAUCCGAGAUGAAAGAUUACCUCCGGCGAAAUGGUCUCUAGCAAGAAUUCUUGAAAUUCAUUCCGGUGCCGAUGGUCACGCUCGCGUCGCAACGCUCAAAACCGCAAAUUCAACGCUUGUUCGUCCGUUCACUAAGUUAUGCAUUUUGCCAGAUUGUACAAAUUAG